AUGUUCUAUUCUGAAGCCAUUCUCUCAAAAAAGGGCCCCUUAGCAAAAGUAUGGCUCGCUGCUCACUGGGAAAAGAAACUUUCCAAAGUCCAAACCUUACAUACCGACAUUGAACAAAGUGUACAUGCCAUCGUCACGGAAGAAACAGCGCCGAUGGCUUUGCGCCUUUCUGGACAGCUUAUGCUUGGCGUCGUUCGUAUUUAUUCAAGGAAAGCUAGAUACCUGUUGGAGGAUUGCAAUGAAGCUCUGUUGAGGAUUAAAAUGGCUUUUCGUCCUGGGCAAGCUGAACAAAUCAAUGCCCCUUCAGUUACCUCAAUAAAAGGAAAGGAUGCCAUGGCUCAAAGUGCUAAUCUUACCCUUCCUGAUACCAUUACCGAGUUUGAUCUGUUGGCCCCAGAUAGCUCUUUCGACAUGCAAUGGUCUCAACUUAUUCAAACACCCAAGUCUCGCUCUUUUGAAUUACAUACCCUUCCUAGUUCAUCUUCUCCUUCUAUUGUUUCUAGCGAACAGUCAAUUGAGGCAGCACGAAAUGCUGCUCCUCAUGAGACUAACCUUUUCUCUGAUCCUUUGCAACUUAAUAGUAUGGAUAUGCAGUUUCAGUUACCGAUAUUUCAGUCAGGCGCUGGUACGCCUAGAAGCGAGCAAUCCAUAGAAGUAGGAAGAGAUGCCCCCCAUGAUCCUACUGGUGCUGCUGACCUUAGUGCACUAGUUGGGUCGCAGGGUGGAAAAUCACCUGCCUCUUCUGCUAGAAGUUUUGGGACCCCAAGCUUACUUCCUGUUGGAAAUAAUUCUUUGGAUAAUGAACUACUAGCUCCAGUCGAUGACUUACAAUUAGAUCUCGGUUUGGACGAUCUCAUGAAUGAUACUACAGUUCCCGCACAACUACCAGUUGAGGAGACCAAUGACGAUGAAGUUUCCCACAUUGAAAUCCCUUCUGAUCACCUUGACCAGGCCUCAUCUCCACAAGAGGAGGUUCAAGAAGAUGUGCCCGACAUUACAGAGCAGCAAGCCUCAGUUUCUCGCAUCCCACGCCGUCAACGUGCUGUUAUUGAUCCAGUUACUGAAUUGUCGUCUCGACAAAUGAAAAAGCAACUGUCUGAUACUUCUUCAAUCACAGCACCGCUUUGUUUGAACACUAAUCCGGUGGUACUAAAUGCUACGGUUAAUUUCAUGCGCAAUGGGAACAUUCAAACUUCUUUAUCUUCUUCCAAUUUAAAUCCUCAUUUGGCUGAAAUUUUUAAGAUGGACUUUUUAAAAAAACUUCAGGACGAUGUAAAAAAGCGUAAAUUGUCCCCCACAAUCGAAGAAGAGGAAGACGAAGUAACUAAACACCGAAAAACUGAUGAUGCUCCCCAACAAGAACAGAAUUUAGCAGGAGAACAGGAGGCUUCAGAAGUAUACGAAGAGCAUGAAGCCGAGCAAAGUCCUGCUGAAAUGUCUGCUUUAGAUGCAGCUAAUAUGAAUAAUGACGGCCAAGUAGAACUAGCAGCUGAAACCCCUUCAGUUCCUCCAGCGGAUGCAAAUAUUGACGAUGAUUCUAUGAUAGGAGCGCCGCCUGUUAUGUUGGAUGAUAAUGAAUGGAAUGCUGAUAAUACUUUUAACGAGCCUGCAUCUUUUGAUUCUAUGCCUAGUACGCAAGUUGCUAAAGACUUUGUUCAAUCGAAAUGGACCCCCCGCGUACAAGGAGAACAAGCAUCAUUUAAAGAAUUGAGUGGAAACACGAAGCGUGAUGACGCUGUACAACUAUUUUUUGAUGUUUUGGUAUUAGCAACGAAGGAUGCUAUAUCCGUAAAUCAAGAUGAAUCUUCCGAAGGUGACAUUAUCCUUACUGCUAAACAAAAGAUGUUAUUCAACUCUCUUUAA